AUGUUUCCCACCUUCACGGGCAACUCCCGACGCCCCCGGAAUGUGAACCUCAGUGGCCAGAGCCUCAAUCCCUUUGCCGCAACAUCAUGGACGCCUGCCGCAGGCUCAGGAGCCUCUAAGACCGUUUCUAAUGCCCAAGCCGAACGGGCACAGAGACAGCAGGACCGAGACAGGCUGAAAGCCUCCGAGAAGAUUCAGAAAACAUGGAGGGGUCACAGGGUUAGGAGGCGGCUUCGAGACUCUCGCCGGGACGCCUUUGAUACUCUGUACUCGAGUACCUCGGACCUUGGUACACAGCAGAGACUAGCGACGGCGUUGCCACUGCUGUUGACAACCUUCCAGACCCGACCCGACGAUGUUGAACGCUUGGUGCUCUUUGCGAGAGAACUAAACACGACCAACCUCGAGUGCCUUGCCCCUAGCCACCUUCCUGCACCCAGGCUGGCACGUCUUGUUCGGAUACUUGUGGAUGCUCUAGGCGAACAAACAAAGAAAUCCAGUCAAAACAACGAGAUCCGACUCUUUCUCAGCCUCCUAACACACAUCAUAAGUGUUGCCCCCGAUUCGCUUUCUAAAUCAUUCCGACAGUACUAUAUAGCCCUGGCAGAGAUAUGUGGAGUACCGGAGAUGGAUACAGCAGCUUUAGAGUCGACUUCGAAAGCUCUCCUCGUGCCGCUCCAAGCUGCAUCCACUGAUGAGUAUCUGGUGGCCGCUUACGAGGCAUUUGCGCUGUCCUUCUUGACUCGUCAUGACCUGUAUCUUGUCGAAGAGCACUCGAAAGUCAUUUCCGAAAAUCUCGAAUCCGAUCGACUCGCCUCAGCCAUCAAAAGAAUAUAUAGUGACGGACGGAUACGCGGUGUUGAAAGGGACGCCCAACUUUGGCUUCUUGCACAUUUCGUUGGCUUAUACCAAAGGGCUGGACCGAAGAGCCAGGGGCUUAAGCACCUAGACACAUUGCAUAUUCAGCUUUCGAGCUUGUCCACAGAAAUCAGCUUGCGACUAUCUGUUCGAGUAGCCGAUCCGGCCUCGAUGAAUGUGGAUUCUAGCAACCCGGAUGAGUCGUUGAUCCGCCCACUGCCUGCAUACAUCACCAAUCAGCUCACAUCUCUGGUCAACCGAGAUGGAAUUUCGGCGCUUUUGGCCGAGCUCACUACUAAUUUUGGCUCUCAAUCCUCAAGUCAUGAGUUCCAAAGCGCAAGCUUGCUGUCCGGGUACAUUCUCACUCUUCUCCGUUGUUUUCCAAGCCAGGGCGAUGAUAUCCGUAUGCGCCUCUUCCUAGGAGAUGUUAGCACGGGCUUGGGGACUUUGCCGACAAUCCAGUUUCUUUGGCAGGCUAUGAGCCAGACCACCAUUCACAAGCAGAUUUUGCAAAACUCGGCAUCGGUACAAGUCCUGCUGCGCGACUACUUGUCAAAAUCGUCAAAGUCAAGUGACUCGCAUGAGCAAGAAUGGAGACUUGUCCUUCUUUUCCUCGAGCUCUACAUCUUUAUUCUUCGCUUGAGCGACGACGAAGACUUUUUCAGCGGUAUCUUCCCUGACAUAAUCAAAACUGAGGGGCCAACGUCUCGUCUACGAGCAUGCGGACUUUCUCUCAGCGAAGUGAAGAAUUUGACCAUUGUGCUCAAGCACUUAGCUUUCACGCUACAUUACAAUGCCGCGGACAUUUUGCAAGGCAUUCAACAUUCCGAGCCGAUCUCGAUGACACAACUUGAGUCGUAUUUUGGAAGCGGCAGUAGUAAUACCGCUAAAACCUCGAAGGAGGCCCGAAGCCAAGACUCCAGAACCAAUGCGGCUGAUACGAGACUUGACCUUGGUAGCCUGCGUAGCAUCGUAACUACGGCACUACGACUUUUGUACGAACGAGAUUCUCGACGGCCAUUUUUGCCCCGAGACCACUGGCUCAUGACAUCGAAAUUUGAUAUGGAGGGGUUUGUCAGUGCUGUUGUCGCUGAACAAGAACGACAGAACGAAGUCUCCGAUUCUAGUGACGACGAAGACGGCGAGGUUGACGAAGACGCGAAUAUGGGCGGGCUGCACAGCGGUAUUAUUCACACCGUAGCCGGACAGCGAGUAUCACGGCAUGCACAAAUUGAGAAGCUUCGGGCUCAACAACGCAAAGCACAGAGGGAUCGUCUACUCGCCGUGAUCGGGCCAAAAUUGGAGAUUCUGAGACACAUGCCAUUUGUCAUUCCAUUCGAUACCCGUGUCCAGAUUUUCCGCCAAUUCGUCUAUCUUGACAAACACAAGCGGAGGGAGGGCAUGGAUGCUGAUCAGUGGAGAAUGACGAUGCUGCACAAUCCUCUGCGUUCCCCCGGACGCAGUCCAGCUGGGCGACAUCAUGGCAAAAUCAGAAGAGGCCAGGUGUUUAAGGAUGCCUUUGAGCAAUUCUAUGAGCUUGGCGAAGGCCUCAAAGAACCUAUACAGAUCCAGUUUGUCGACCAAUUCGAUACGGUCGAAGCUGGCAUCGAUGGUGGCGGAGUUACUAAAGAGUUCCUCACAAGCGUCACGACAGAAGCGUUCGGGCCAAGGGAUGGCAUUUCGCUUUUCACGGCCAACAGCAAGGGGCUCUUGUACCCCAACCCGACUGCAAUGGACGAGCUCAGGCAGGUGUUGAAACGAGCUGGAGUUCCAGAACGCUCAGCCGAAUGGCAAGACCAAGUCCAGAGUCUACUCCGCCAGUUCGAGUUCCUCGGCCGGAUUGUAGGCAAGUGCAUGUACGAAGGGAUUCUGGUUGACAUUGCGUUUGCUGGCUUCUUCCUCCUGAAAUGGAUCUCGGGCCAGACCGGAGAGAACAGCUACAGGGGCAAUGUGAACGACCUCAGGGACCUGGAUGAGGAGUUGUACCAGGGCAUGUUGCGCCUCAAGAACCAUCACGGGAAUGUUGCGGAUUGGGCAUUGGACUUCACGCUUAAUGAUCAGGUGUCUUUGCCAGGGGAACCUGUUCGCACUGUCACGCGGAAUCUGAUUCCAAAUGGUGAGAAUGUUACCGUUACCAACGAUAACCGCCUCCUCUACAUUUCCUACGUUGCUCGUCAUCGCCUCGUUGCCCAAUCCGCACAGCAAACGGCCGCUUUCCUUCGAGGUCUUCGGUCGAUCAUUGCCCCUGCGUGGCUUUCAAUGUUCAAUCAAAACGAGUUGCAGCGUCUCGUGGGAGGCGACAGCUCCGAAAUCGACAUUGAAGAUCUGCGUCAGAACACGGUCUACUCAGGAUUGUAUGAGAUUGGGGACGACGGACUGGAGCACCCCACGGUUCAGCUGUUCUGGAAAGUCAUGGCCAGCUUCUCCGACCGGGAGCGGCGCGACGUGCUUAAGUACGUUACGAGUACGCCACGAGCACCUUUGCUAGGCUUCUCGCAGCUCAGCCCGCGGUUCAGUAUCAGGGAUGGAGGGGAGGAUCAGGAGAGACUGCCCAGUACCAGCACCUGUGUCAACUUACUGAAGUUGCCGCGCUACAAGAACCAGGAGACUCUCAGACAGAAGCUGCUCUAUGCGGUUUCCUCGGGAGCUGGCUUCGAUCUCAGCUGA